AACGAGAGCCAGUUUUCAAAACGAGCAUUGCUUAGCCGACCCAACCCAAACUCGAUUUCUUUUUUUUUUUGGUAUAAAAGGGCUGGUUUGCAUUUGGAAAAGACAGUUGAAUUCUAACUUUCAAAGCAUCAACAUGAAGUUCAUCAUCCUCGCUGCAUUAGUCGCCACUGUAGCUUCUCAGGGCUACCCCAAGCCACAAUAUCCUACUCCGGCAUACCCCGCACCAGCAUACCCAGCUCCGGCUUACAAAGCUCCAGCCUACCCUACCCCUGCCUAUCCGUCUCCGUCGUACAAGACUCCCGAAUAUGCCCCCAUGCCAUACAGCUUCAACUGGGCCGUUAAGGACGAUCCUUCCUACAAUGAUUACGCUCACCAAGAGACCGCUGAUGACAAGGGAUACGUGACUGGCUCUUACCGCACUCUUCUUCCUGAUGGCCGCACUCAGAUCGUCAACUACAAAGCUGAUGACUACACCGGUUACGUGGCUGAUGUCAAAUACGAAGGAGAGGCCAAGGAAUACAAGCCAGCUUACAAACCCACUGGUUAUCCAAGCCCAGCUUACCCUAGCCCAGCUUACCCCAGCUCCAGUUACCCUGCACCCAAAUAUCCCAGUCCAGCUUACCCAGCUCCCAAAUACCCAACCAAGUACUAGAUUAAACCACAUAGUUCCAAGUCAGCUGUAUACUAAAUUAUUUUGGAUACAAAUAAAUUUCAAUCACACAAAAA